AGCUGGCUAGCUGAAUAACAACAUCCAGGUCAGAGGUCGCACGGAAAUCAUUUCCUUCUAAAUGGGGUCGCAUGCAAACACAUGUCUUGUAUGUUUAAAACACACGGUGUGAUUACCGGGAAUUCUGAUUAACAGUCCUCGUUUUCUAGACUGCAAUUCCACAUGGAAUUGGAAGACAGAGAUUUCAUCAACACCCCUCCGAUGAAGACAGUGCGAUUCGGUGGCAAUGUCGUCAACACACUGGCCAAGUUCGAAAGGGGUGACACCAGUGACUACGAGCUAUUAAAACACCAGCUAACAGACCCAGAUAUUAAGGAUGGUCAGAUUAUUAACUGGCUCCAGGAGUUUCGUAACUGCGUGACACAGCUCACCAAAGACCACGAGCAACUGGUAUACGUCGUUUUGAGGUUGCCGUGGCUCGGCCGGAGCGCGGCAGUGGUGGAGGAAUACCUGGCGUUCCUUAGCAACCUGGUUUCCGCUCAGACAGUCUACCUGCGGUCCUGUCUUAAAAUGGUCGUUUCCAACUUUACGCCCGGGAGAACGCUGAUCCGAGAGGGGGACGUGAACAUCUCCGACUCGGACGACGAUGACGAAAACCUGCCCAGGAACUUUGAGCUCUGUCACCAGGCCCUGCAGGUCAUUGGGAGAUACGUGCCAUUCACCAGCCGGUUUCUGAUGCCCAUUCUGAGUGAAAACUUCCCAUUUGUACAGAAGUCCUCCAGGACCCUGGAGUGCUACGUGCAUAACCUCCUGCGUGUGACCGUGUACUUCCCGCUGCUGCGCAGAGAGGUGCUGGAGCUGGUGGUGGGCAGAAUGCUCAAGCUGGACGUCAGCGCCCCCCGCAGCGACAUCGAGGAAGCGGAAGAAAACUCCGCCCAGCAGCCCGAAGGGGGCGGAGCCCAGGACGAGUGUCUUUUUGACAUGGAUGAGGAUGAUGGUGCAGAGGCGAAGUCCUCCGAGGCAGCAGGGGGCGCUGUGAUGGCUCACCCGGUAGCAGACCGGCUGGACACGCUCAUGGCCGUGCUGCUGUCCUACAUAAAGGACGUCUGCUACGUGAACGGUUCCUUGGAGUUGGACCGUACCAAGGAGCUGUACAGGGACCUGGUCUCCGUGUUCGAUAAGCUGGUUCUGCCCACUCAUGCUUCCAGCCACGUGCAGUAUGCCCUCUUCUACCUCUGCAGCUUCCGCCUGGCUUGCUGUAGGAGUGCCUGGUUUCUGGAGGAACUUUGGAAGUCAUCUCGCUCAGGCUGAGUUUUGAGCCCUCGCCAGCCCGCUGUCCUACGCCAGGCAGCCGCCGCCUACAUCGGCAGCUUCCUGGCAAGAGCCAAAUUCCUGCCUGUUGCCACGGUGAGGGCGUGUCUGGACCUGCUGGUGCCCUGGCUGCAUCGCUACAUCGACGGCCAGGACUCGGGCUCCAAGGCCUUCUGCGACGUGGCCCUGCACGGGCCCUUCUACACCGCCUGCCAGACCGUCUUCUACACCCUCAUCUUCCGCCACCGCGCCAUCUUGGAGGGCAGCAUGCGCCAAGGCUUGGCCUACCUGCAGGGCCUGAACCUGGAGCGGAUCGUGAUGUGCCGACUCAACCCGCUGAAGGUCUGCCUGCCUGCCGUUACCAACAUGUUUGCAGCCAUCACCAGGAAGUACCAGCUGGUGUUCUGCUACACCAUCAUCGAGCGCAACAGCCGGCUCAUGCUGCCGACGGUGAGGAACAGCCAGGGCGGCAGCGCCACGCUCACCAACACCAACGCGCUGGACAGCUUCUUCCCCUUCGACCCCUACCUGCUGAAGAGGUCACGGAAGUUCAUUGAGCCGCUGUACCAGGUGUGGGAGGAGCCGGGCGACUGUGAGGUGGAUGCUCCCAGGAAGCCAGUCAGACAGUGCUCAGCAGAAGAGGAGGACGAUUUCCUGCAGGGCGAGGCAGUCCAGACGGACGGAGUGGUUGGCAUGACGCCCGGAUCCUACGAGUCGCACCUGCACAGCCCCCGCAGCGUGGGCUCUCCUCCAAUCGCCUUCCUCCACCGCCCCUUCUAGCUCCGCCCUCCAGCCCUGCCCCCUUGACCCAGCUGCUGCAGCGUGGCAAGAUGGCCACCGCUCAGGAAUCUGCAGGCGAGUGGGGCACGCCCAGGGGGUGUGUCUGUAGCCACGCCCUGCGGAGUCUGUCUGUGGCCAUGCCCCAGGGGGUGUGUCUGUGGUCAUGCUCCAGGGGGUGUGUCUGUAGCCACGCCCUGCGGAGUCUGUCUGUGGCCAUGCCCCAGGGGGUGUGUCUGUGGUCAUGCUCCAGGGGGUGUGUCUGUAGCCACGCCCUGCGGAGUCUGUCUGUAGCCACGCCCCACGGAGUCUGUCUGUGGUCAUGCUCCAGGGGGUGUGUCUGUAGCCACGCCCCAGUGGGGGGUGUCCUUGGCCAUGCCCGUUACCGCCAUGGUCAGGACCUGCAGCGACCACCGACGGUCUCGUCAGUCCCUGUCUGCGUUUUGACCAUUUAAGGGGUGGCCCCUCAUGAACUGCACCGUAGAAUAGACCGGUCUUCCCAAAACUCGAACUGGGGAUCACAGCCCCCUGGCGGGUAGUGGGCGGGUAUAUGUAUGGGGCGAAAUAAUUUAUCGUCUGUUGUACACUUUCCAGUAGCAUUCACUCCAGUGGAAUUAAAUGCUGCAGCUGUUAUGUGCGUAACAUGAGUUACAGCACACAUGCCUAGGUAAUGGACGGUGUGCCUCCAUUUUAAUUCCACAUCUGAAGGGUUGGUAACAGAAAGAUUAAGUGAGUCUUGGAGUUGGAAUGAUCCACAAUGUGUGUGUGUGUGUGUGUGUGUUCGUGUUUGCGUGUGAUGGGUGGGAGGUCGCAGCUACAAACGGAUAGAUGCGAGAUCCACAUUACACUUUCUUCUGCUGUUCCUGUAACCAUGGAAAUCAUAAACGCCAAUAUGUCUCGAGGCGGUCUCUGUUUUCUCUCUCAAUAUGUCUUGAAAAUCGAGCAAAACAGCAUAAGGACGUUUUUAUUGCCUAGAGUUCAGUUUUCAGUCUAGUUGGACUGUGAAGGGAAACCCUUUCCUUAUAUGAGGUGCACAGAUGUAUGAAAUCAUUCUGUUGAUUUUUUUUUAGUGAGUAGGGUGAAGUGUUGGGGGAAAAUGUCUGGACUUAAGACAUUGCACCAACAGUGCCCCCCAGUGGACACAGCGUGUCCUGCAUCUGCUCUGACAAGCGCAUUCAUUGCAGUUAGAUUUGUGCUCUGUUUGAGUUUUAAUUCAGCUGCUCUAUCGCCCGACCAAACUUAAAGGCUUUUUAACUAACAGUGUGGGAGGCUGUGUGUUUGGAUGGGCAUUAAGAAACAAGCUUAAGGACUGUUCUGUCAGUAAAAUUCAUAAUGCUCUUGCUCAACUCCUGAAUAUUGGUACACAUUCAGAAUUAUGGGAGAAGAUUUUAACACACUGUGUUUUAUGUGCUGGUGCUCCUGUAGUUGAUUUUAUGUGUCUUUUCAUCUGAAGUUGUGUUCACCCUUCUUUUCUCUGCUUUCAUUUUGUGGACUUUGAUUUCUGCAGUGAUGGAUGUAUUCAUUAAAUGGGGCUGUAGCUGCUGUUGUUGAUUCCGUACAGGUAUUUCUGCGUGCAUAUCUGCUUAUGACCUGUGUCUGGAUUUUGGAAUAAUUGAGAGCCUGAAAACUAAAUCCCAUUUCAACAGAAGUAAUGUUUAUGAAACAUUCGUUUUUGACAACUGAUCAUUUUGUACUUUCAAAUUGUAAUUUGCUUUCAAGAAAACUGACCUUUGGUUCCAAUCGACUGUUUUUUGACAUUUGUGUGCAUCGCUAACUGCCAUUGCUAACAAAUUGUACAUCACACUACCUUUGCAACUCUCCUGAAAUGAAAUGUUUAUUAUGCGAUAUCGUUUUAAAAACCAAAGGCGAAAUCACAAAUGAUCACCCUAGCUUUAAUGGGUAGAACUGAUGUAUUUAAGAGAUUUUUGUACAAACGUGCUGCAAUAAAAUCUGUACACAGAAGGAUUUG